AUGUGCGGAAUCUUCGCUUAUUGCAGUUACCUUCAGGAGAAGGAUCGGAAGACUAUCUGUGAGAUCCUCGUCAAUGGCCUCGCAAGACAGGAGUACCGCGGCUACGACUCCGCAGGCAUCGGCAUCGAUGGCGACAAGCCGGGAGAGAUGCUCUUCUUCAAGGAGGUUGGCAAGGUCGCCGGAUUGCGAAAGCGUAUCGCGGAGUCGAACGUCGACACGACCAAGACAUUCCUCUCGCAGGUGUCCAUCGCGCACACCCGCUGGGCGACGCAUGGUCCCCCGUCCAUCGUAAACUGCCACCCGCUCAAGUCUGACCCAAAGGCCGAGUUCACCGUCGUGCACAAUGGCAUUGUCACCAACUCCGCCGCGCUCAGGCUCGUCCUCCAGAAGCGCGGGUACAAGUUCGAGAGCGAGACCGACACGGAGGCCGUCGCAAUCCUCACCAAGUAUAUCUAUGACUCGCAACCCGACAAGCGCAUGUCGUUCACGGAGCUGAUCAAGACAGUGCUGAAGGAGCUCGAGGGCUCUUUCGCGUUUGUAUUCAAGUCGUCUCACUACCCCAACGAGGUCGUCACCGCCCGUCGCGGUUCGCCUUUACUGAUUGGUGUGAAGACCGAAAAGAAGCUCAAGGUCGACUUCGUCGAUGUCGAAGUCUCCGGCCCUGAGGGAGAGAAAAUGGAUGCUCUGCCGUCAACCGCCGCCACCAGCACGCUACUCGCGCCGCCCACGCAGCACGGCCCUAACCUGCUGCGCUCGCAGUCGCGCGCAUUCAUGUCGGAAGACGGGAUGCCGCAGCCGAUCGAGUUUUUCGUCGCGUCGGACGCGUCGGCGAUCAUCGAGCACACGAAGCGGGUGUUGUACCUCGAGGACGACGACAUCGCGCACAUCGCCGAGGGCGAGCUGCACAUUCACCGGCUGCGUUCGUCGUCGACGCCGGGCGGUGCGCCUCCGCCGUCGCACCGCACGAUCGAGACGCUCGAGCUCGAACUCGCGGAGAUCAUGAAAGGCAAGUUCGACCACUUCAUGCAGAAGGAGAUCUACGAGCAGCCCGAGUCCGUCGUCAACACGAUGCGUGGUCGCGUCAACUUCGACAAGAACGUCAUCACGCUCGGCGGGUUGCGCGCAUACCUCAACAUCAUCCGCCGCGGGCGCCGCAUUGUAUUCUGCGCGUGCGGCACGAGCUACCACUCCGCGAUUGCGACGCGCGCGAUCUUUGAGGAGCUCACGGAGAUCCCGGUCAGCGUGGAGCUUGCGUCGGACUUCCUUGACCGCAAGACGCCCAUUUUCCGUGACGACGUGUGUGUGUUCGUCAGCCAGAGCGGUGAGACCGCCGAUACGAUCCUUGCCCUGCGAUACUGCCUUGAGCGCGGUGCGCUCUGUGUGGGUGUCGUCAACACCGUCGGCUCCACGAUCUCGCGCGAGACACACUGCGGUGUGCAUAUCAACGCAGGCCCGGAGAUCGGUGUCGCGUCGACCAAGGCAUACACGUCGCAGUACAUUGCCCUCAUCAUGAUAGCGCUCCAGCUCUCCGAGGACCGCAUCUCGCUGACCGAGCGCCGUACGCAGAUCAUCGAGGGCCUGCACAAGCUGCCAGGGCAGAUCAAGAAGGUGCUUGAGGGCGACAAGGGCCUGCAGGAACUAGCCACUGGCGUGCUCGCUAACCAGCGCAGUCUGCUCAUCAUGGGCAGAGGAUAUCAGUAUGCGACGUGCCUUGAGGGCGCGUUAAAGAUUAAGGAAAUCUCGUACAUGCACUCGGAGGGGAUCCUCGCUGGCGAGUUGAAGCAUGGGCCGCUCGCGCUGAUCGACGAGAACAUGCCGGUGAUCAUCGUGAUGACGCAGGAUUCGCUGUACCCCAAGGUGCAGUCCGCGUAUGCGCAGAUCACGGCGCGCAAGGCGCAGCCAAUCGUGGUGUGCAACGAGGACGACGACGGGAUCCCCACUGGCUGCAAAACGAUCCGCGUCCCGCGCACUGUCGACUGCCUGCAGGGCCUCCUCAACAUCAUCCCCCUCCAGCUUCUCAGCUACCACCUUGCUGUUAGAAAUGGGUUCGACGUCGAUUUCCCACGGAACCUCGCGAAGUCUGUCACCACCGAGUAG